AUGCAGAGCUCAAGUGGAAUCCCAUCUCAAGAAACGUCCUCUUUGCCGGAAAGUCUUCCUUUCACUUCCUCUCAAGCCGUGCCGCUUCCCUUCCCCAUGGCGCAUGGGACCACCACCCUGGCUUUCAUGUUCCAGGGUGGCGUCCUGGCUGCGGCAGACACUCGCUCCAGCUGCUCGGGCCUCGUAGCGUGCCCGGCCUCCCAGAAGAUCCUGCCCAUUCACAGCCACCUGGUGGGCACCACUUCGGGAACCUCGGCUGACUGCGCGCUUUGGAAACGGAUCCUCUCCAGAGAGCUGCGCCUCUACCAGCUUCGCUACGGACGGCGUUUGUCCACGAGGGGUGCCGCCAAGCUGCUUUCACACAUGCUGCACCCUUUCAAGGGAACCGAGCUCUGUGUGGCUGCCACGCUGUGUGGGUGGGAUGGAGGAGAGCCGGAUGAUGGAUGUCGUGACCACGAAGGCUCAGAGAUGGAGCAUGGUGAAGGCAGAGAGACUACAAAGACUCCAAAGGCUCACCUGGAAAAGACGGCGGGUGCCUCUGGUGAGAAGGUCUCUGUUUCCAAGACUCAAAGCUCUUCUUUCACAAAGCAGCAGUGCUCCAGGAGAAAAAUAAGUUUCUCUGGUCCCAGUCUGUUUUAUGUAUGCAGCGAUGGCACUCGCCUGGAGGGAUCACUCUUUUCUGUGGGUUCAGGAUCACCCUACGCCUACUCCAUCUUGGACCAAGGGGUUCAGUGGGGCCUGACCGUGGAGGAGGCCACAUCAAUAGCAAGGGAAGCUGUGUACAGGGCCACCCACAGGGAUGCGUACUCCGGGAACUCCGUGGACGUCUAUCACGUCACCUCAAAAGGAUGGACUCGGAGGACACGCGAGGACUUGAAAGAGGAGUAUUACAGAGAAAAAGAGAGACGAAGACUUGAGAGGGAGAGACGAGGCAAGACUUUGUCAGGGUAA